UCGUAGUUUGGCCACCCCUGCUCUAGGGUCUGUAUUGCCAGAAGGCAGCAAAUACCCUGGUGAAGUGGAAAAUCCUCCCCAAAAGGAGAUUGCAGCAGUGUAAGGCAGCCAAAACCUCCUUCGCACUGUGGAGCAUGCAGCCCACAAACAAGAUCCCCAAAGGAGGAUUGCACCGCAUGGGUCAGGCAGCUGAGGGCUUUUACAGUGAAGGGAUUAAAGCUGCCCUCCACUCUCCCUGACACUAUCCCUAUAGGGGAGCAUCAGCUGCCCCCCCCCCCCGGAGCCCACUGGCAGUGCCAUUUGCAUCUCGCUGCACCAAUGGCCCUCCUAUCCUGUCCCAACAGAACUCAGAAUUCACUGCAAAAGAUACCACCUGUGUGGAGCAGCAAACCAAACUAGACACCGGCAAUCCUCCUAGGGGUAGUUUUUUUGAAGUCCUCAAGUACAUAACUCACUCAUAAAAGCCAAUGGACAGAACCCCCUUCUCAUGACAGCAUGGCAACAAGGGCCAUCCCCUGAGAACACACCUCUAAGGGAGGUAGUUAUCACCUCACCUUUAACUAAGGAGCCAGACCUGGCCUCUGCAUUAAUUAGCCGCCCCUGGGAUUAAGGCAGACAACCACUGUGCUGCUUUUCACAGGGGAACAAGGCCUGGUAUAGGUCCCAUGGGGGAGAAAGAGAGAGAAAGUGAAAAAGAAUGAAUCUCAUUAAAUGGUGUGAGGUACUUUUCUCAUUCUGGUGUCAAGUUCGAGGUGAAAUUACGCUUGGAGGGAGGGGGACAGUGAAGCCCCCCUGAGAUGUCCACAGUCCCUUGCACAAACUUAAUUUCAGGCUCUGCUGAAGUUCUGCAUUUUAUAGAUAGAUAGACACACACACACACACACACACAGGCGUUUAAUUUCUCAGGCAGCUGCAUGAAAAUGAGAAAGACAGACCGUUGGCUGUGAAGAUAGCCCUGCGCCUGGUGCUUAAAUAGCCACUCUAGCAUUGUUUCUCUCCUCCUUCCCCCCAUGCCACUGCAGCUGAGCUCAGGCGUUUUUAAAAUGCCUGCCAUCUCCCUAGCACACUUCAGUGGAGCCAGUUAAUUUUUUUUUAAGCAGUCAAGUUAACUUUUCUUUCCAGACAUCGCAGGUUUCUAAAGCAGCAUUCACAGUGGGAAAUGGUGACCGGCUCAGCGGUUUGGCCUGGGAUGGAGCCAGGAAGUUCUGACCCAGCUGCAGAUCCCAAAUCCAAACUUCCUCAUUAUUUGGGGGAUGUGUGGAGAGGGAUUCUGGUUCAGUCAUUCAAGCGAAAAUGGCUGGGAAACAAUGGGUCUUGCUUCUGGUUUAAUGGGAGCUUGGGGCAAAGGGUCCAGGUGACUCAAACAUCCUGACAGUACAGUGUUACCCCUUUUUAACCCAAGCAGUUAGCCAGUUUUUGUGGUCCUGUGGGGUACAGUUAGGAGCAGAAAUGGAUGAUGAGUCAUAUUUCUUUGAUGUUUAUUUACAAAGAAUGUACAAAAGCCUGUUUUGGUUGGGUUUUUUUGUUUGUUUUUAAACACAGGGACUCAAAUAACAGGAGACAGUUUCUUAGCUCACAGUUCCAAGCCCCUUUCCAGCUAGCGCUUAGCCCAAAAGAGCGCUCUCAACCUUUUUUCAGGGUCAUGUUACCAGUGCUCCUAUGACUGUAUCCUUAGCUUUAUGCUGCUUCUUUCUCAGCUUCUCGCUGGUGUUUCUCACUGCUGUUCUCACACAUAGGCCUGGUCUACACUAUGAGUUUAGGUCGAAUUUAGCAGUGUUAAAUCAAAUUAACCCUGCACCCGUCCACACAACGAAGCCAUUUACUUUGACAUAAAGGGUUCUUAAAAUUGAUUUCUGUACUCCUCCCCGACGAGGGGAGUAGCGCCGAAAUUGACAUUGACAUUUCAAAUUAGGGUUAGUGUGGACACAAUUCAACGGUAUUGGCCUCCGGGAGCUAUCCCACAGUGCACCAUUGUGACUGCUCUGGACAGCAAUCUGAACUCGGAUGCCCUGGCCAGGUAGACAGGAAAAGCCCCACGAACUUUUGAAUUUCAUUUCCUGUUUGCCCAGCAUGGAGAGCACAGGUGACCACGCAGAGCUCAUCAGCACAGGUAACCAUGCAGUCCGAGAAUCAAAAAAGAGCACCAGCAUGGACUGUCUGGGAGGUACUGGAUCUGAUCGCUAUAUGGGAAGAGGAUUCCGUGCUAGCAGAACUACGUUCCAAAAGACGAAAUGCCAAAACAUUUGAAAAAAUCUCCAAGGGCAUGAUGGAGAGAGGCCACAAUAGGGACUCACAUCAGUGCCACGUGAAAGUUAAGGAGCUCAGACAAGCCUAUCAAAAAACAAAGGAGGCAAACGGUUGCUCCGGGUCAGAGCCACAGACAUGCCGCUUCUAUGCUGAGCUGCAUGCAAUUCUAGGGGGGGCCGCCACCACUACCCCACCUCUGACCGUGGAUUCCGAGGAGGGAGUACUCUCAGCCAUGCCUGAGGAGUCUGCGGACGGGGAAGAUGAUGAGGAGGAGGAGGAUGUCGAGCUUGUGGAGAGCACACAGCACUCCGUUCUCCCCAACAGUCAGGAUCUUUUUCUCAGCUUGACUGAAGUACCCUCCCAACCCUCCCAAGGCAUUAUCCCAGACAAUGAGGCCAUGGUAGGAACCUCUGCUGCAAAUUUUUCAAGCCUCCCACUUCUGUCCCGAAGGCUAUCUCAGAUAAGGCAGCAAAAAAAACGCACGCAAGACGACAUGUUUUCUGAAAUCAUGCAAUCGACCCGCAAUGAAAGAGCUCAUCUGAAUGAGUGGAAGGACACGGUAUCAAAGUACAGGAAAGAUGCCAGUGAACGUGAGGCCAUGAGGGACACCCGAGAUGAGAGGUGGCAAACUGCAACGCUGGGGCUGCUGCGUGAUCAAACGGACAUGCUCUGGCGUCUGGUGGAGCUUCAGGAACGGCAGCAGGAUCAGAGUGCCGCUGCAGCCCCUGUAUAACCGCCCUCCCCCCUCACCAUGUUCCAUAGCCUCCUCACCCAGACGUGUAAGAACGCAGGGGGGGAAGGCUCCGUGCACCCGCCCACUCCACCCCAGUGGACAGCCCAAGCAAAAGGCUGUCAUUAUUUUGAACUUUUGAAGUGGCCUUUUCCUUCCCUCCUAUCCGCCUCCCAAACCCCACCCGGGCUACCUUGUCAGUUCUCUCCCUAUGUUUAUAAUCAAUUAAUAAAGAAUGCAUGAUUUUUAAAUGA